CCGUACGCGCGCCUCCAUCUCAAAAAGCAGGGCACGGGCAAGCGCCGCAAGAUGUGGAACCACGCGCUCGAAAAGUCCCUCUUCUCCCCGCAGGAGAUAUCGAGCAUGGGCGCGCCGCACCGGCGGACGAUCUACGCUGCCAGCUUGGAGGCGCACAUCGACCGCCUGCACGAGCAGCUGAACCAGUGCGGCGACAGCUUCCAGGCGGCCUCGGGCGCGGAGCUGCGCCCCUACCACGGACUCAACGCCAAGACGGCCAAGAGUAUGGUUUCGGGCUUGCACCACGACUGGCAGGAUAUUAAGAUGAUGCUCCUCGAACUAGACCGAGCGGUG